AUCUGAACAGGAGUUCUUUGUAACAAAGUACCGACGUGCUUUGAUAUUGUUGAUAAUGUGUAGAUAACAUGUUAGUACGUUUUGUUAUUUGAAGGCUUCAAGCUUCAAGCUUUGUUUAGAGAUUUUUUUUUUUUUUUUUUUUUUGGGGGUCGAUAAGUGAAUUCACAGUUAAGCCUUUAAACAGCUGGACAAAAAACAAAAGAGGAACAAAUUACGGACCCGUUUCCAGAUAGCGUUUUCUAUCACGGCUUCACUGUAGCAAGAUUUGCUGAGAUCGUUUGGAACAAAAAGAGAAAACGCAAAAGCAGGUGUAGCGGCUGUUAUACGUUUGCCUCCAAAUUCCAAACAAAUAGAGGGAGAGAGAGAAACUGUGUCCGUACGACAGUGGAGGAGGGACGAUCACAGUUACUCUAACCCUAAAACAAAACCAAUCGAAAGAUGCCGGAGAAGAAUAAGAAGAAGAGGUACGAAUUCGAGUACUGCGUGGUUUGCAAGCUGAAUCACAACCAAGGCCCGAGCCACAAGUACAUACCGGGCCAUACCAAGUCCCUCUCUACCUUCCUCUCUCGGUUCCAGGACAAGCUCUCCGACGUCCGCUUCUUUCUCCAAAACCCUACCCCUUUCCGCCCCGAACUCGCCUCUCGCAAUCGCCUGUGGUGCGUCUUCUGCGACACCGACAUUGACGAGCUAGAUAGCUCCUUCGCUUGUAGUAAUGCAAUUAAUCACCUUGCAAGUGCUGAACAUCUGAAGAAUUUGAAGCAUUUUUUGUGGAAAUAUGGCGGAGGAAUGGAUCGACUUGAUACAUUUAGAAUAUCGGAAGAUGACCUUGCUAUGUGGGAGAAGAAGUGCAAAUCAUUGAAGAAUGAAGCUGUGCCCUGCGGGGAAAAAUCUCGAGGACCAACGUUUGGACCUUCAAAUGAUAUCCAUAAUGAACUGAAAUAUGGAAUUAUAGAUACUUUUGAAAAUAAUAGUAAUUCAAGUUUUUCAAAUGGUGUUAUGCCUUUACUAUUUCAUACAAAUGAGCAUCAGGUAUCCCAUUCAGGACCCCCUCAAGUUACAAAUGUUGGCUGCUUUCCUCAAGACGUGGCUACCUCUUCUUUACACGGGGAAACAUGUUCUGGUAUAUAUUCCAUAAAUUCAAAAGGUUUAACCGUUAGCAGCAGUACCCAACAUUCUUUUAUUUCUAAUGGUAGAAAGUGCUCAGCUGAUGGUUAUUUCAGUAAUGAAAGGAUGAGCGAGGUGUAUCAGCAUGAAAGAAUGACAAAAGGACUGAGCAGUUCUCCGGGUUUUCAGAAUCUCACACAAAUAUCUUCCACGUGUUCUAAAGAGGCUAGUGGAAAUGUGCAUUCUGGGGCACCUCCUCCUUGGCUUGAAGCAGAUGAAGAAAUUCAGUUUACUGUUCCACCGAAACCAGCUUCAGGUACCCGUAUCUCUCUGUCAAAUAAGUCGAGGAAGUCCAAGAAAUUGAACCCAAAACGAGUGGGAGCAGCUUGGGCAGAAAGAAGAAAGAGGGAGAUGGAGAUGGAGAAAAGAGGGGAGAUUGUCAAGAGUGACUGUGAUGCUAAUUGGCUCCCUAAUUUUGGUAGAGUGUGGCAAUCUGGUAGCCGAAAAGAGUCCAGAAAAGAAUUUGAGUUGGAGAAACAAAAAUUACCUAAGGUUGAAAGUGAAUUUGAGAUGCCAAUUAAGAUACAGCCUUACGUCAGCAAACGGAUGCGAACAAAUGAGAGUGAAUGAUUGUGCCAUGAUGGUUAUGCAAGUUGAUGACAGCUCUGAUGACAGACAUGUUGGGAGAACCACUGUAUAUAUCUUCAGCUCCGUUGAGUUUGAAGUAGAGAUCAAAUUGAGCUGGAACUUUUAAGGAAGCCAGGAAGCAAACAUGUGAGACUCUGCCCAAAAUUGGAUGAUCAGUUUUUAGGCUGGUGUACAAAAUAGAGUUGUAAGUUCAAAUGAUCAUGGCACUCAAAUGUAUUCAACUUGAAUUUUUCUCCAUCAAAUAUAUUCAACUUGAAACUUUAUCCUCAUAUCUUAUGCAUGUGGCAAAUGAGAUCUUCCUUUGGUGACAUCAAUGGUUAGAUCCAUCAAUAAUUAUUUCAUGUUGAAACACUGACAUUUCAACCAAAAAAGAAAAAGAAAAAGAAAAAAGAAUUGACAUUGGUAGGCACUGGAUAUUCGCCCGCAAAUAAUGAUUCUUAUUUACAAAGAAAAUAAGGAGGAAGAAGUGAUGGGAAUCUUUUUUACAAGGACUCUGUACCCCAGGAGAAAGAAAAAGAGCUCCUACUCUAUUUUUAUGGCUGCAAUCUCACAAUUUGAAAUAUCUGUUUUUCUGUCUGCCAUGUUGAGCUGGUUCAGGAAGAACUGUAUGGCAUCCGGUUUUCCUACUUUUACCAUUGCUCUAUUGAAAAUAUCAAUAAUGAAAGGAGCUUGUUCUUUCUACUUACACCUCAUGGGGGAAAAAUAAAAAUAAUAGUAACAAUAGAAGCUAUUAUAUUACUCUAUCGUAAUGGUUUUGGCAGGGCAAAAAUUUGUAGAGUUUGAUUGGCCUGUGAUCCUAAAGUUCCAUAAUCUCCCUUUCGAAGAAACUAAGUUCUCAUCACACAGAAACUCCCAGGAAAACCACUUCUCAAUCAUUCGAUCUACAUCAUGCACUACCACAUCUGUAAUAUUCCCAUUUCUUGCCAUCAUACUAGCAGUAUAGAUUGCUGCCAUCCUCCCCGGUUCGUCUGGUGUACUGCCGCUUGGUCCGUCCACCACCACCACAUCCCAUUUAAGCUCAUAAACUUCUUGUGGUAUCUGGUAGUCCACCUGGUAGACUCUGGUGGUGUUGGAAUUAGUCUUCAGUGUGCUUAUCUUGUUGUGAUCGUCCUCUAGAAAGAUGGUGGUGCCACCUGCAUUGAUUGAUGAGAGAGAUACAUACUGAGGAUCAAUCCCGAAAAUGAGGAGGUUGCAGGGAGCUUUCUGCCUAAUGAGAUUUGACAGAAGGCGGUAUUCCUUUUCCCUGAGGCCGGUGACGUUGGCAGACACCUUUUUUUCUGAUGGAAACUUAGAGCAUGUGGAGAGAGGAGAACAUGCAUCUCCAAGAGCAGUAGGAGGCAAGGCAGUCGAGGCAGGAAAUGGAGGGGAAGGAGAUGAAGUUGUUAUUGCAAUUCUGAGAAGUCUGAGUACAGAAAUGAUUGAAAGGAUCAAAACAAGGAAAGGGAUGAGUUUCUUUCUGCUAAAGUUCAUGUUUUUAGAUCCUCUGCAGUGCUUGUGCUGAUAAGGUUGAUCUAGUUGUGCCUUAAGUGACACCGGGGAAGAGAAUCGAACUUGAGGAGUUACAGGAGAGCGACAAUGAGGCACUUCUGGGGGCAUUUUUUGGUGUUUCUCUUUGCUUUCAGGACCUCCACAGCCAGCCACUAUCAUAUCCUCAUUGUAGGGAGAUGCGGUGGGGCUCUUGAUGAUGGAAGCUGUUAUGCUGAAAGUCUACUUGGUUGUACCUUCUUGUGUGAGGAAGAAGGAAGGCUUUGCUUUUGUUCCAAGCGUUGCUUUUCUUAUAUCCACGUGUUUGUUUGUUACCUAAUGAAAUAUUGCAUUCCGAGAUCGAUCUGCUAUUUGCUUACCUAAGAAAAAGAAUAACAACAAUAAAGGGUUGGUGUUCCAAUAA